AUGGAUCCCCAUUCCGAUCGACAUUCAGACACCAAGGGCAUCGCUUCCGACCCGGAGAAGCCCAUUAGCGAUGAGGAGCAGUUGGCAGCACUUGGUCAUGUGCAAGAGCUCCGCCGUGAGUUCUCGCUAUGGUCUAUCGUCUGCCUACAGAUCUCAUUGAUGGCCACUUGGGAGGCCCUUUCAUCCGUCGUCGCCACGGCCUUGACUAAUGGUGGCGCCCCCUGUCUCUUUUAUAAUUACCUCAUCGCCCUGGUUGGAACGGUUUUUAUUGUGCUUUCCCUCGGAGAAAUCGCCUCAAUUUUCCCCACAGCCGGAGGGCAAUAUCAUUGGGUGCACUGCCUCAGUCCACCUUCCUACCGAUCAACUGCAUCCUGGUUCACUGGUUGGAUCUCCAUCGGCGGGCAGCUCGUCCUUUCAGCUUCCGCUGCUUUCGCUGCUGGGCUCCAGCUGCAGGCACUAAUCACCCUCAACCAUCUCGAUACAUAUGUGCCACUGAGAUGGCAGGGCAUGCUUUUCUACUGGGCAAUUUUGGCAUAUUCCACAGCGGUGAACGUAUGGGGAUCUAAGAUUCUACCGCAUACCAAUCUUAUCGCAGGAGUACUGCAUGUGAUUGGUUUUAUUGUCAUUGUUUCAGUCCUUGGCUCAAUGUCGUCGAAACAUACUGCAACAUAUGUAUUCACUGAAUUUUCCAAUAGCAGCGGUUGGACAAAUGAUGGGGCCUCCUGGCUAGUUGGUUUGUUGAGCACAGUAUACCCAUUUCUCGGGUACGAUGCAGCUUGUCACCUUAGUGAAGAACUUCCUAAACCAUCUCGAAACGUCCCCUUGGCUAUGAUCGGCAGCGUUGCGAUCAACGGUCUCAUCGGCCUGGUAUACACCAUCGUCCUACUUUUUGCUCUGGGGGAUCUCGACAAUCUUCUGCAAUCAAAAAUUGGCUUUCCCUUCAUGCAGCUCUUCCUAAACGUCACGGGAUCUCCAGCCGGGGCAUCGAUACUUGCUCUGUGCAUUAGCUUGGUCGCGCUGGCCGCAAACGCAGCCGGUGUGACCUCAACGAGCCGCACAGCGUGGGCCUUUGCUCGCGACAACGGUUUGCCAGGAUCGAAAUUCCUGUCAGUUGUCAAUCCGAGUUUGAAGGUUCCGGUCCGGAUGGUGCUACUCGUCUCCUUUUUGCAGAUGCUACUAGGACUGAUCUACCUGGGGAGCUCCACUGCAUUCAACGCCGUGUUAUCCAUGGCAAUCCUGGGAAUGUAUGCUUCCUACUUUUCGCCAAUCCUCUUUAUGCUGCUCUAUGGUCGCCGCUCCUCUAGCCCCAUAAUACGAGGACUUGGAUCGGGCCCUUUCAAUCUUGGGAAAGGAUGGGGCCCAGUCGUCAAUAUUGCCGCCGUCCUGUGGCUUGUUCUUGCAAUGGUUUUUAGCACGUUCCCCACGGUUGAACCAGUCACGCCAGUCAACAUGAACUACUGCGUGGUUGUCACAAUGGGAUGGAUGGUAAUUGGAGCGGUGUACUACUAUCUGCUCGGUGGCAAGAGGCACUUCACUGGGCCCAUAGUGGAAAUAGUCGAGGGAAUUAUUAUCCAUGUUCCCCAUCUAGGGGGCAUUGAGGUGGCCUAUCAAAUGCCCGAGGUCUAUGAUUCGAACAAGCCAACACUUGUACUAGUCAACGCUUUCACCACAACCUCCGAGCUUUAUCGAGCUCAGUUCAGUGACUCGCGAUUGACCGAUCAGAUGAAUCUAGUUGCAAUCGAGCUACUGGGCCAUGGACAAACUCGUACUGCUCGUGAGCAGUGGACAUACUGGGAUACUGCGGAGAUGAACUUGCAGGUCUUGGAUGCAUUGAAGAUUGAUCGGGCAUUUGUCCUGGGAACUAGCCAAGGUGGAUGGGUCACUGUUCAAAUGGCUUUACUGAGACCGGAAAAGAUCGCUGGGGUUAUCCCUCUGGGAACCUCAAUGGAUAGCGAAUCCGAUCGAAGUCGUAAAUUGCAAUGUUGGGAUGGUCCGGCGGUUGUUUCCAGCUUUGUGACACAGUGGGCGGCCAGCAAAGGUAGUUCCAACUUCGAGCCAGACGACAACUACUGUAACGCAUUGAUUAAUAUUGGCUUCAACGAAUGCACGGAUGAAAUUCGCAAUUUCUGGCAGUCCACGCUUAAAUCCACUUAUCGUGGAGAGGAGGGCCGACGACGGAUUCGCAUGGCCGCAAUAAACUUAGCUGAGCGUGGGGGACUUCACCUGAGACUUUCAGACAUCAAAUGCCCCGUGAGAUGGCUACAUGGAACCAAAGAUGCCGUAUAUUCGAUGGCCAAUGCGACAGAGGAGAUUGAGAUGUUCGUCAACUCGCCGGACGCACAGUUGGUGCCAGUGGAGGGAGGUGCCCAUUUUUUGAACUGCUCUCAUCCGGUUGAGGUGAAUCAGGCCAUUCUGGAGUUCGUGGGCAAAUAUAAGUAA